AUGAAGAAGUAUGAUGUUGUCAUCUCUCUGGGCGAGCAGAUGCAAAAGUUGGGAAUUGCACAUGAUCUGUAUACUUACAGUAUUUUCAUAAACUGUUUCUGCCGCUCCUCUCAACUCCCUCUUGCUUUAGCUCUUCUUGGGAAGAUGAUGAAACUUGGAUAUGAGCCCAGCAUUGUCACGUUUAACUCGCUUCUCAAUGGUUUCUGUCACGGGAAUAGGAUCUCGGAUGCAGUCUCUCUGCUUGAUCAAAUGGUGGAAAUGGGAUAUAAACCUAACACCGUCACAUUCAACACUCUAAUCCAUGGACUUUUUCUCCACAACAAAGUCUCAGAAGGCGUGGCUUUAGUUGAACGGAUGGUUGCUGAAAGGAUGUCAACCAGAUUUGCUUACUUAUGGUGCGUUGGUAAAUGGAGUGUGCAAGAGAGAUGGGAAGAUGCUGCUGGACUACUGAGUGAUAUGAUUGAGAAGAAAAUCAACCCGGAUGUUGUUACGUUCAAUGCAUUGAUCGAUGCGUUUGUGAAAGAGGGGAAGCUUUUGGAAGCUGAAAAAUUGUACGAGGAGAUGAUCAAAAGCAAAGGUUGUCUCCCAAACGUAGUGACAUAUACUACUCUGAUAAAUGGAUUUUGCAAGUCUAAGAGGGUAGAGGAUGGCAUGGAACUCUUCGUGAGAUGUCUCAAAGAGGAUUGGUUGGAGACACAGUCACUUACAACACUCUUAUCCAAGGGUUUUUCCAAGCUGGAGAUUGUGAGAGUGCCCAACAAGUUUUCAACAGAUGGUUUCUGUGGUGUGCCUCCUGAUAUUUGGACAUACAACAUUUUGUUAGGAUGGGCUUGUAAAAACGGGAAGCUAGAGAAAGCAUUGGUCAUAUUCCAGGAUAUGCAAAAGAGUGAAUGGAACUUAUAUUUCACAUAUAGUAUUAUCAUUGAAGGGAUGUGCAAGGCUGGGAAGGUGGAAGAUGCGUGGAAGUUGUUUUGUAGCCUGAUCUCAAAGGAGUGA